CGCGAUUUGAAAUUAAAGCAACCGUCAAAAUGCAAAGAAAACAAAGUUGAAUGUUAUUUACAAAUAAUGGAUAAAAAGGAUGAAGUACACAUUUAUUUAAACAAUAAAAGCAUGGAAUACAACAGGAGGAAUGAUUAUUCAAUGUCUAGGGAUAAAAAUGAUUGUAAUUCUUCUAAGGAGCAUAAUAUAACUGGACACAGUUUUAGAAGUGAAUUCAACAGUAGUCAAAGGAGAUUUCAAAGUUCUGAAAAAAAGCCACCUUUUACUGGAAAAUUUAAUCGUAUUAAUAUUGCAAAAUUGUUGAGUAAUUUGGAUACACCAGACUCUGAGGAAGAAGAAGAAGAUGAAGAAGAACCCUUAGAAGAAAAAACUUCUUCUAAGGAAGAACCAAACGAAAAAUUGGAAAAAACAGAUUCUGAAGAAGAGUUAAAUGAAAUCGAAUCGAAUGAAAUAGGUUUUCAUACUGCUACACAUACAAAAAGACAACCAAUUGGCAAAGAAAAUAUAAACCAUGAGGAUAAACAAAAUAUAAAUGAAAGUUAUCAUAAAAGAGUUGAAGAUAGUUUUGAGUUGGAUUUUUCUGCAUUGUCUUUGAUUACACCGAAAAAAAAAAAACAAGAACCAGUUUUGGUAACACCUGAUAUUCCCAAGAUAUGCAUUACAAGACCUCAACAUGAGUUUGUUACGCCCCAAUUAAAGGCCCCAAAAAUACAGUUCAGUGCUAAGAAAGAAAUGUUGCACCCUCAAAACAGUGUAAUUAAACGUCCAAGUGUACCGCCUACGAUAACUGAAACCCCCAUAACAAUUCCAACUGUUAAAACUGAAAAUACAAAUGAUAGAAAUAUUAUUACAGUGAGAAAUGUUGAGUAUCAGGUUUUGAACAAAAUUGGUAAAGGGGGUAGUUCCGAGGUAUUUCAUUGUUUUUGUGGACAAACUGGGCAAAAUUAUGCUAUUAAAUGUGUUUCUUUAAUAGAUCCUGCAACUACACAAGGGUACUUAAACGAGGUGAAAAUUUUGAGCAAACUUCAAAAUUGUGAUAAGAUUAUAAACAUGAAAGACUAUGAGCAUUUAGUUGAAGAGAAAAAAUUGCUGGUGGUGUUGGAAAAAGGUGGGGAAGACCUGUCGACAAUUUUAAAACAUUUAGCUUUAAGAAAAUCCCAUAUUUCAAUGCAUACCUUACUUUUCUACUGGAUGGAAAUGCUACUUGCUGUUAAGGAAAUACAUCAACAUGGCAUAAUUCAUUCAGACUUAAAACCAGCAAACUUUAUUCAAGCAGGAGGUGGCAUAAAACUCAUUGAUUUUGGUAUUGCCAGUUGUGUUCAAACAGAUAUGACUUCAGUCAUAAAAAGUAGUGCAGAAGGUUCUUGCAAUUACAUAAGUCCAGAAAGUAUAAGAAGCGAGUCCAGUUCAAACCUAAGCAGUCCCAAUUAUGGAAAAAAAUUCAAAGAUAAUUGUGGAAGUUGGAAUCGAUUGAUCCCAUUGUUAAAAAAGGAUGUUGGGUUUUUGACCAUUGAUCUACCCGGUCAUGGAUUAUCAUCAAAAUUACCACACGGGGUUUAUUACCAUGACGCAUCAAAACCCAUGGUCAACAAAAAUAACAACGUAAGAAUAUCGAAAGCGAUAGACGCUUUCCUGAAGUACUCGCAGUACGAAAUGGACCCUGCGGAACCCCCAUCAUACACCCUGGAAGAAUUAACGGCGAAAAUUUGCGCGCCAAAUAUGAAUUCCGUAAUGAAGGAGCACGCUCAUAAUCUGUAUGAGAGAGUUAUAGCACCUUCAAAAAAGUCUCCAGGGAAGUUUUACUUCACCAGGGAUGUGAGGUUAAAGUCUGGCGGUUUGAUGAAUUUUCCGCAACAUGAGAUAUUAGAGUCAACUGAGGCCAUGAAGUUUCCUAUUUUCAUAGCUAAAGCCCCGAAUUCCCCUUAUUAUGAACCCAAAGAGAACUUCUAUGAAGUUCUUGAAGUUUUGAGAAAAUCCAGCAGAGAUUGCGAUUUUCGUUACAUCGAUGGAACGCAUCAUUUUCAUCUUAACAGCCCCGAAUUAGUUUCGGAUUUUUUGAAUGAUUUCAUUGAAAGAAAUAACGUUGAAGAUAGGGGCCAGGGGGGAAUUAAAAAAGAGAUGAUUUUGGAGAAAAAUAUACGCGCCAAAAUGGAAAACAAUUAAAUGAAUUUUUAUUAUUAUUUACAAUUUUUUAAUAGAACAAUUAGUGUAUCUAGUCUAGCAGUACAAAAACCUAUUUUUCCAGCAAAAUUAUGUUUUGUUGAUUUUCAGGUAAUUAUACAAAAUUUCGACGAGUGUUUUUUGUUAAAUAAAUUAAUUUUAUUUUGUUAUUUUAAUAUUUAGUGACCAUUUAUUUAUAGGGGUAAAAUUUCCGAAAAAAUGUUGUUCUUUCAACAUCUUUUUCAAAUUUUACUAAAUUAUAGUACCAAUCCACUAAUUUAGCUAUUUUAAAUUAUUUUUUAAUUUUUUCAAUAAAAGCAUAAAAAAUUAACCAUAUUAGAAAGCUUCAUUCAUUGCCUUUAAAAACCUACAAGUAUUAAUUUAAUAAUGGAAUGGAAAUUAUAUACCUGUUUGAUGAGAUAAACAUAAAACAAAUAAAAUUCUUGAAAAACAAUUUCCAUUUCACUAUUAAAAUUAUAUGGGUUUAAAUCCAAAGAAUCAAACUUUCUAAUGAGUUUAAUUUGAUUUUUUUUAAUUGUAAACUUUUAAGAUUUUUUUUAAUAAAAAAUAUAACUUCCUUCAUUGGUAAGAAUGAAAAAAGGGCUA